AUGCUGCCUCCAAAGUACUUGUCUGCCACCAAACCCAAGAAGUCUUGGGCCCCAGAUCUGUAUGAGCUAGACAGUGACUUGAAUAAGGAGCCGGAUGCCACCAUAAGAGAAGGUGCAACUGACCCUGAAUUCUUUCAUCAGAGGUUUCGGAAUUUCCUCUACGUGGAAUUUGUUGGGCCUCGGAAGACGCUGUUCAAACUCCGAAACCUCUGCCUCGAUUGGUUGCAGCCGGAGACUCGCACCAAGGAGGAGAUUAUCGAGCUCUUGGUCCUUGAGCAGUACCUGACCAUCCUUCCAGAAAAGAUAAAGCCUUGGGUGCGGGCAAAAAAGCCAGAGAACUGUGAGAAGCUAGUUACUCUGCUGGAAAAUUACAAGGGAAUGUAUGAGCCAGGAGACGACAGCAACAGUGACCUCCGCAGCGAAGACAGCAUGAGCCGGAAGGGAGCAGAGUCCCCGCCACCACGCUCCGCCUCUUCUUUCUGCAGUGAGUAGUGGGAGCGGAGGGGCAGAAGCAGAGACCUGGAGUCUCGAGACCGCUGGCCAUACAGCAGGAAUCCCAGAAACAGACUUCCUCAACGGGAUCUUUCGCUUCCUCUGAUGGAGAAAACAACUUUUGCAGUGGAAAGAGAGCGCAAGCGUAGGGACUCCGUGAUGGAUUAUGAGUCAAGAUCCCAGGAUGCAGUGUCAUACCAGGACGUUGUGAACCUGACUGAGGACAGGAAGCCUCAGAACCCGAUUCAGGACAACAUGGAGAACUAUAGGAAGCUGCUCUCUCUGGGGGUUCAGCUUGCCGAAGACGAUGGCCACUCCCACAUGACACAAGGCCAUUCAUCGAGGUCAAAGAGAAGUAGUGCCUACCCGAGCACCAGUCGAGGUCUGAAAACCAUGCCUGAAACCAAAAAGUCGACCCAUCGGCGGGGAAUUUGUGAAGAUGAAUCUUCCCACGGGGUGAUAAUGGAAAAAUUCAUCAAGGAUGUUUCACGUAACUCCAAAUCGGGACGGGCCAGGGAAUCUAAUGAUCGGUCACAGAGAUUCCCCAGAAGACCAGACAAUGAUUGGAAAGAAGUUUCAUUCAACAAGAGGGAGUCGGUGAUUCAGGAGAGGGGCUAUGAAGGGAAUGCCUUUGGGGGAAGCUAUAAUUUUAACUCGAGUCUUGUUUCCAAAAAGAGAGUUCUUGAAAGAAAAAGGCGCUAUCAGUUUGACACAGAUGGGAAGGGCUCAGUUCAUGAGCAGAAAGGCUAUGCAAGGAAGAGACCUUUUGAAUGUAGUGAAAUGAGAAAAGCCAUGAGCAUGAGCAGCCUUAGUGCCCCCUCCUUCACUGAGUCGCACCCACUCGAUUUUGGGGCAAUGCCUUAUGUGUGUGAUGAGUGUGGGAGGUCUUUCAGUGUGAUUUCAGAAUUUGUCGAACAUCAGAUCAUGCAUACUAGAGAGAAUCUCUAUGAGUAUGGUGAAUCGUUUAUUCAUAGUGUGGCUGUCAGUGAGGUUCAGAAAAGUCAGGCUGGGGGGAAACGCUUUGAAUGUAAAGAGUGUGGGGAAACCUUCAAUAAGAGUGCCGCUCUUGCCGAACAUCGGAAAAUUCAUGCUAGAGAGCAUCUUGCAGAAUGUAAUGAUGAGGAGUAUGAGGAGCCCUUCAUGCCUAGCCCAACCUUCAGUGAGCUUCAGAAAAUAUAUGGGAAGGAUAAAUUCUAUGAAUGUAAGGUGUGUAAGGAAACCUUCCUUCAUAGUUCUGCCCUGAUUGACCACCAGAAAACCCAUGGUAGAGAUGACAAAGAUAAUGAGCGUGGGGAAGCCUUUAAACCCAGCCCACCCCUUAAUGAGGUUCAGAAAAUGUAUGGUAAAGAGAAAAUGUAUGAAUGUAAGGUGUGCGGGGAGACCUUCCAUCAUAGCUCAUCUCUGAAAGAACAUCAGAAGAUCCAUACUAGAGGAAACCUAUUUGAAAAUAAGGGUAAAAUGUGUGAGGAAACCUUUAUUCCUGGUCAGUCCCUUAAAAGGCGCCAGAAAUCUUACUCAAAAGAGAAGCUCUAUGACUUUAAAGAUGGUGGGGAUGCCUUUAGGCAAAGCUCGGACCUCAGUGAGCAUCAGAAAAUUCAUUCUCGAAAGAACCUCUAUGAAGGCAGAGGGUACGAGAAGUCUGUCAUUCAUAGCGUGCCCUUCACUGAAUCUCAGAAGAGUCAUACUAUAACAAGACCACCUGAAAAUGAGGAGGACGAGAAGAUGUUCACCAUCAGCUCUAACCCUGAUGACAACCAGAAGAUUCCUACUAAAGAAAAUGCCUGUGAGAAGAAACCAUAUGAGAGGUCUGUUAUUCAUAGCUUAGCCUUUGCUAAAGCUCAGAAAAGUCACAGUGCAGUGGGGCCCAGUAAAUCACAAGUGAUUGCAGAGUCUACCCAGACCUCAGGUGUUAUCGAACAUCAGAAAGUCCAUGCUGGAGAGAAUUCCGAAGGAAAGAAAUAUGAGAGGUCUGUUAUCCAUAGCUUAGCUGCUUUCAAACCUCCCAAAAAUUACAAUGGAAAUGAAGUCGUUGAAUGUGAUGAAAAGGGAGAAUCCUCUACUUACAUCUCAGACCUUCGUGAUAAGCAACAGAAAAUUCCUGCCAGAGAGAACCCUUAUGAAGGGGCUAAGAGCAACAACUACAAGGACUCCGUUAUACAAAGUGUAUCCCGUAUCGAACCUCAGAAAAGUCUUACUAGUCCCGGGUCCAGUGAAUCGUCUGUUCCCAGCUCAAAUGUCCGGGAACAUCAGAAGGCUCGUGCUAAGAAAAAAAACAUUGAGCGUAGGAACUAUGAGACCUCUGUAAUUCACUCCCUACGUUUUGGCGAACCUCAAACAUUUCGCCCUAGAGAGAAAUUCUAUGAAUGUCCAGAGUGUGGAGAAUCCUUUGUUCGUAGCUCCGACCUCACUGAGCAUCAGAAGAUUCACGAUAGAAAGAAGCCCUCUGGAAGUAAAAACUAUGAACGAUCUGUAAUUCGCAGCUUAGCCUCUACUGACCCCCAGACAAAGCAAGCACAGACGAGUUAUGCUGAACAGCAAGUGCGCAACAAAUGUAAGGAGUGUGGGGAAUGCUUUGCCACCAUUGAAGAGCUUGGUGCACAUCAGAAAAUCUAUGCCCGAGAAGAAUUCCACGGUCGGAAGCUCUUUGGAAACUCUGUUAUUCAGGGCAUAGGCCUUGAUGGGCCUCGGCAGGUAGAGCCUCGGCAGGAAGAGCCUCGGCAGGAUGAGCCAGAUGAGCAGGACGAGCAGGACGAGCAGGAUGAGCCUGAAGACACAAUCUAUGGAUGUAAGGACUGUGGGCUGGGCUUUGCAGAUCGCGCAGACCUUAAGGAUCAUCAGAAGGUUCAUGGCAGAGAGUAUCUCAUUGACAGUCGUGAGUACACGCAUUCUGUAAUCCAUACCCAUUCUGUCAGUGAAUAUCAGAAAGAUUAUAUUGGAGAGCAGCUCUAUGAAUGCCCUGCAUGUGGGGAAUCUUUUGUUCAUAGCUCAUUCCUUUUUGAGCAUCAGAAAAUCCAUGAGCAAGAUCAAUUCUUUGGCCAUAGAAGGUAUGAGGAGCCUUUUAUGCAACCCUUGGUCCUUAACCCACGGAGGCCUCGUGCCCCACAGAAGAAUCCUCCUGCAGGAACAUCCCUUCAAUGCCACGUGUGUGGACAAGACUUCAUUCAUGGCUCUGUCCUUAGUGAACAUAUGAGAAUUCAUACUGGAGAGGAUUUACCAGAGCAGGGCCAGGGAAGUGAAGAUGCAGUCAGUCCAGGCUUAGCCCUUACUGAGUUUCAGAGAAGUCAAACCGAAGAGAAACACUAUGAAUGUAAAACAUGUGGAGAAUCCUUCCUCAAUCAGUCAGACCUUAGGGAGCACAUGAGAAUUCAUGAGAAAGAUGAGCCCUAUGAUUAUGGGGCCUCCUUCGUUCACACCUCAUUUCUUACUGAGCCCCCUAAAAGAGAUUCACCAUUCUAUGAAUGCAAGGACUGUGGGAAGUCCUUUAUUCAUAACACAGUUCUCACUAAACAUCAGAAGCUUCAUCUUGAAGAGGAAGAAGAAGAAGGAGCCCAGGAGGUUGAAGCCAAUGUCCUUGUUCCACGAGAAGUUCUUCGGAUCCAGGGAUCAAACGUAGAAGCUGCUGAGCCAGAGGUGGAGGCUGCUGAACCAGAGGUGGAGGCUGCUGAGCCUAAUGUGGAGGCUGCUGAGCCCAAUGGAGAGGCCGAAGGGCCAGAUGGGGAGGCUGCAGAGCCAAAUGGGGAGGCUGAACAGCCCAACGGAGAGGCUGAACAGCCCAAUGGAGAUGCUGAUGAACCAGAUGGUGCAGGGAUAGAAGACCCAGAAGAAAGAGCUGAAGAGCCAGAGGGAAAGGCUGAAGAGCCAGAAGGAGAUGCUGAUGAGCCAGAUGGGGCAGGGAUCGAAGACCCAGAAGAAGAAGGUGAAGAUCAAGAGAUUCAGGUUGAAGAACCAUACUAUGACUGUAGGGAAUGUGGAGAAACCUUCACUUCCAACUCAGCCUAUGGUGAGCACCUGAAAACCCAUGCCAGGGUGAUAAUAUUUGAGCCUGGAAAUGUCUAUGGGGAAAGCUCACACUACACUGAACAUGCCAGCACCAGCACUAGUGACAACGACAGGGCUGAUGACAAGUACUUCAAAUGUGAUGUCUGUGGGCAGCUUUUCAGUGAUCGCCUUUCCCUUGCUAGACACCAGAAUACUCAUACCGGCUGAGAACACAAGUAUAAAGUUUAGAAAACCUUCAUUUAGAACUUGACCCCUACUAAACCAGAGACUUCGACCCAUAAUAAUGUCAGAAUAAAACUUACCUUGGCAUGUACACACCUGACUUUUAAUAUCAGACAACUCAGACUAAAAGGAGACCGAAGGUGGAAACUCCUUUGGUUUUAGCUCUUCUCCAUCACACAUCAGUGUAUGCAUGUGGGAAAGCUAUAGCACAUACCUUUCAUCUGAGUAAUCUAUUGAGGGAAAUUCCUAGAAGUUUUUGAGAUUACAGAAAUUGCCCAGUCAAAUGUAAAUGACACUUCUAUAACCUAUAUAUAAUGAUCCCUGCAAUGUAUAUAAAAUAGCAUAUCAUAGCAAAACAGUAAUCACAUAUAUUUGGAUUUGAUAUGAUAUACAGUUACAGUUUACUGUGCAUUAGUACCUUACUUGGUACUCUGAUUUUUUUUUUUUCUUUUUUGGAGGAGGAAGAGAGCAACAAAUUAGAAUAUAUUUCUAAGUAUCUUAGAUUCUGAGAAAGACUUAUUGUGCAUUAUUUGAACCCCAUCAGUAUCGUUUUGAGUAAUUGUGUAUUGUUCCUUACCCUUAAGUAUUCCUGUAAAAGCGUAAGCAUGAAAGGUAAAAUGUCUUUUAUUCUUUGCUGUUUGAAAAGAGAAGUACUUGGAACUUCUUUUCAGCCUUUUUGUCUACACCAACACUUUGGAACCUAAUGUUGUGUAAGCCUUUACAAUAUGUGGAUUGGCCUUUUGUGACCCAGAGUGGUUGGUUGCCACGUUGUACCUUGCAGUGAUUCUCAUG